ACAUCGCCGACGUGUCCAUCAACAUGCAUUGGACAGCCAUCGCGGUGGUAUUAUUGGCACGUAUAGCAAGCACAUCGGCAUUCAACGAUCCUCGACAGUGGCUUAUUCAAACAACUGUACAACUCCACGGCGCAGACGGAAUCACUCGUGAUCAUGAGCUGCGAAUACCUUGUUGUGUCGACGUGCAACGCGAAGGGGUGAAAUUCUGUGAAAGUGGCGACCUCCUUCCUUCCGAGUGUGGCCUUUUCAAAGCCUACCUCAUGGGAUUACAGGAAGGCAACCAAGCAUGCCACUGCCCUGCGCUCGCCCCACACUACGUUCCAAAGCAAUUGAAAUCGCUGCCAUUCGAUGUCCAGCAUGCAACACGCCAGCGAAUCUACUUUCAGUUAUCCGUGUUUGAAGGCGAUACGCAGACCUUAUCUGACAAAAUCCCUGCAGUGUGCACUCAAUUUGACUUGGAUGUGGACAGUUGCUCGCAGUUUGCCGCUGCAUACACCCAACAAGUACUUGAUGCUGAAGUGGCACACGCCUCCGACCAGCUUGUGGCUCUAUUCCCGUACAACCCCCAGCCACUUGAGGCACUUCAACGUGUCAUUGCCCAUCUGCAGUCUGCGUUGGCUGAUGAGCAAAGGCGGCACCAACAGGUCUCUCGGGCUUACGGUGCACUGCGACUUGAGCUCCAGCUCCAAAAGAACCUACACGCGACGGCACUAGCUACUGACAAGGCCAAGCAAGUGAACUCCUCGCCACUCAUUGCAACCGACUCGAACGCAGAAGUCCAAGGGUCCUGUACCGCCGCCAUGGCGGGGAUCAAGUCGACAGUGCCAACUAUUCCUGGCAACAGUAGCAGCACCACCAGUGUACAUGACUCGAUCAAGACCAUUCCCAUCCGUCGGUUUGACUCGAGAACCCUAUCGUAUGCAGAGUACCGACAUUUGGCGACGCACUCUGUGCCGUUCAUCUUGACGCAUGCCAAGAUGCUUCCAUUUACCCCUGGCGUCCCGCCGUGGUCGCUGCAUGUGCUCAACGCCACCUGCGGCACUCGCUCCGCCGUGCUGAAACAUCAAUGUCCCCACAAAUCCACUUGGGCAGGCAUCGAAUCGGUCACGUACGCAGCCCUGCACGAGUUCCUAUAUGACAUUCACCAUCGCAAGCAUGAACCUUGGCCCAAGAGUCUCUCGUCGUUGUAUCUCCACGACGAGAGCGUAACCUCGUUUUGCCCCGACUUGCUCCAGUCGUUUGUGAUUCCAAAGUACUUUGCCCGCGAUGCGUUGCAACACACGUGCACCAAGAACACUCGGUACUGGCCGAGUCUGUUUGUCGGAGAUGCGCGGACGUCGUCAGGGCUCCAUGUGGACUGGGGUGCUACGUCGGCGUGGAUGGGACUUGUCCAAGGCCGCAAGCGAUGGCGCAUCGCGCCUCCGUCCGCCCGCCCCUUCCUCUACGAGCAGCCGGGAGCCGACGGCAAAUUUGACGCCGACUUGAUGGCCCCCAACAUGACUGCGUUCCCGUUGCUGCGCCACGUUCCCGUGUACGACGGGGUGCUGGAGGCCGGGGAAGUCAUGUUUAUCCCGGCCGAUUGUCCCCAUCAAGUGGUCAACCUCGAGUUGGUACGUAGCAACUUGCGCGCAACUCUAGCUAUGAUUGGUGGAUACGAAUAGAGUGUUGCCGUGGCCAUGAAUCUCGUAGACCACGCCAACAUUGACGCCCACACGCGCCACGUCCGACACCAACUCUUGGAGGCGGCAGGCAUGGGCCACAGCGCCGUGGCAGGUCAGUACGAGCACGUGUUAGCGUCACUGGAGACGACCGCCCGCCAUUGGAAGGAGGACCACGAUCAGGAUGAACCAGUGGCGAUAACGUUUGCCGACUUCAAGCAAACAAGUAUAUGUCGCCAUAACUUUUGGAUUGUUUAAUUCAGAUAUACCAAUAAUACUCGAUCGA